GACUACAUGGCAAGGCUACAAAUCCCUCCAAAGCUGGGCCACCCACUCAAUUUGCACACCAAAUCAUGCCAACCCUGAAAGACUUUUCCUUUAUGAUCCUUGGAAGCCAUCCUCCCCAUUGAAUUUGCAGCUUGAUCACUUCUCCCUAGUAUUCCCAUGAGAGAGAGAGGAAGAGCAGCAGCCUGUUGCCGGGGAACUCUCAGGCCCUUUUCGCUAUAAAGGGUCCAUUGUCACAGUACUAGUAGCAAACAAGCUGCUGCACCAGAAGCAGCAGAUCAGUAGGAAAAGUCAGCAAUAUGGACGCAUGAGGCAGGGGGGAAUGGGCAAGGGCAAAUCGUAUGGCUGCUGAUGGUAAAAAGAUUUGAUCUUUAAGGAAAAGAGAGGCAGGGAGAGGUGUAAGGGACCAUGGAAGGGGGGAAAGGGGUGGCAAUUGAUGAUGAGGAGGGGAGUGCUGGUGUAAAAGAGGACGCUUUGGGCUUAAAGCUGAGGAGAGGGGUUACUGUGGGGAAAAAGGGCGGUCUUUGCACGCCGGUGCCCACCUGGAAGCUGGGGGACGCCGGUUCUGCGGACGCCGACGCGGGCGAACCCAAGAGGAGCUCGGUGUCGGCUCGAAAGCUCGGCGCGAACCUCUGGGAGAUCCAGGACCUGAUGCCCGUCUCCGUGAUGAGCCGGAGGGGCGCCAAGAUCCGACGCCAUGCCGAUGGGAAGGCGCUCGAUGACGGUCCCGAUCGCUUGGCCGUUCGUCAUGAGGACCUGCCUCAAAGUGCAGGUAGUUUAAGGAGGCAAGUUGCAGCUUCAUUGGUCAAGCAUUACAAGUUGAAUGAGAGAAAUAGUCGAGCCCUACAACCUGUAUCUCCUGCAAGUUAUAGUAGUUCUAUGGAGAUUGCUGCUAUUAGUGAAGCCAUCACUCCUAGCAGUUCUGUCAAUCUUAAGGGAAAGCUUGGGGAGGCAGGAUAUAGUCUUCAAACAUCGACAGAACUAUUGAAAGUACUGAAUCGCAUUUGGAGCCUGGAAGAACAACAUGCUUGCAAUGUCUCAUUGGUGAAAGCAUUGAAGGUGGAGUUAGAACAUGCGCAGGCACGCAUUCAGGAGCUGAUGCAAGAGCAGCAUGUUUAUCGGCAUGAAAUGGAUGAUCUAAUGAAGCAAGUUGCCGAAGACAAACUGAUUAGAAAGAACAAGGAGCAACAAAAGAUCAAAGCAGCAGUGCAGUCGAUACGAGAUGAGCUUGAAGAUGAGAGGCAUCUCCGAAGACGCUCUGAAAGUCUUCACCGGAAACUUGGGAAAGAGUUGUCCGAAGUGAAUGCAGCAUACAUGAAGGCUGUGAAAGAUCUAGAAAGAGAGAGAAAAACAAAUAGCCCUUUGGAGGACCUAUGUGAUGAAUUUGCUAAGGCUGUUACAGAUUAUGAGCAGGAAGUAAGGGAGUUGAAGCAAAAAUCUCAAGUAGCUUGCGACCAUAAGGUAGAUCGGUUAGUACUUCAUAUAUCAGAAGCAUGGCUGGAUGAGCGGGUUCAGAUGAACAUUGCAGAAGACCAAGGAGAUUUGGCUGAAAAAACAACAAUUACAGACAGGCUAAGCAGUGAAAUUGAAUCCUUUCUUCGAGCUAGAAGGUCCAGGGCCUUUGGGAAUGAUCGUCUGUACCGAAAGGAUGAAAAGAAAGACACUAAUAUGCGGCGCCAAUCCCUCGAGUCCGUCCACUUAAAUGGGACUACUAGUGCGCCUCAUGAUGCUGACGAUGAUGAUGAUUCUGUUGCGAGUGAGAUGCACUGCUUCGAGCUUAACAUGGCAACUCGCGGAAAUGGAAGUCGUGACCAGCCGAAACAAAAUACUCAAAAUGGGAUAGAAAAACUGGAUUCCAAGAGAACAUCUACUUUACCAGGAGAAAAGAUAGGAUGCUCUGAAAGCAAAGAUGAUUCGUCCGAAUAUGGCGAACAAAUGGACAAGACAAAGUUACGUGGAAGCAAAGUGCAGCUUUUUGACAGGGUGCAGAGAGUACACUCUCCUACUGAUGCAGAAAGUGACAAAGUGGCAGUGGAUCAUAUUGAACUAUCUAGAGCGAAGAAAUCUGAUUACCGUUGCUCUCAGGAACAUGGGCACGAUACAAAACUGACGUGGGCUCGCUGGCGUGGUUCGAGGCACCUGACUGCUAAUUCACUAAGAUAUCUUUCAGAAAUUUCUGAGUGCUAUCCAGAGGAUCAUGGUAAUCAUCAUAGAGAAAGCUCUCACAAUCAUUUAUUGUGGAGGACUCAGCUUGGUUCAGCUGGUGGCGGAGACACUGAUUCAGGAGACGUUCACCAGAUCACUAGUCCAGUUCGACAAUGGAAGUACCAGAUCAGCUCUCCCAACCAGGUUGUUGCACCUGAAUCCUCGUCGAAAUCAGCACAAGGAUCGAAAGAGGGCACUCUGAAGGCAAAGCUGCUUGAGGCAAGAUUAGAGGGGAAGCAUACUCGUCUGAAAUCCUUGAGACGUUCCUCCGUGGCUAGAGCAAGACAGUGAGGAAGAACGAAUAAGUCACCUCAAUCUCAUCCAUGGUACUUCGUGAAGUGGAAGGGGUAGCUUGGUUUUGUUCUCAUCGUAUGCAGCGAGUUGUUUUGCAGAGUGGAUGACGAUCUGUUCAUGGUUUGGGUUUCCUUUAUGGCAUUUCCUCUAGCAAGAUGACUGCAAUAAGGGUCUCCUUUUGGUAUUCGGAUGGUGUUAUGCUGCAUUGCCUAUUUCAGUGCUCAUGCCGCUCUUCUCUGAGGCAAAGAGACAUCAAAGCAAAGACUACAAUAGUGACAGUGAUCCUUAAUGCAGUUGUAAUUGCUAUAAUUGAUAUGCACCUUAAUCAUCAGACAUGUAAUCUACUACAUCUCAACCCAAGUAAUGGUGAAUUGGUGGUACUGAGAAGACUCUUAUGAGAA